UUCGUGCUGUCGCUUCUCCGCCAUCAAACCUUCUCGACUUCUCCCUCCCUGAAACCCUUCCCGAGUCAUUGUGCCGGUCACCGAAGAAAGGAGAAGAAGAGAGACGUAUGGCUUCGUCUUCCGCCCUGUGCAUCAUCAUGAUGACCACCAUGUGCUCCCUCGUCGGAGCCACCAACCUUUACAGGGUUGGCGACGCCGAGGGAUGGCGGGAGCCGGACAAGAACGACGCCGCCAUGUACGACACUUGGGCUGGCAAGUACGCGUUCCGCGUCGGCGAUUCGCUCGCGUUCGACUACAAGAACGACUCUGUCGUUAGGGUCAGUAAACGAGGAUACUACCAUUGCAAUGAGACCGGAGGUGGGUCGGCGUCCAAGGACGGCAGCACAGUCUUUCUCCUGGACCAGCCCGGAUUCUACUACUUCGUCAGCGGCGACGUCGACCACUGCAAGAGGGGACAGAGAGUGAUGAUAGAGGCAUUGGAUGCUCAGCGACCUCCUGCGGCUGCCGGGCCGGCGCCAUCUCCGCUUCCGAGUUCUGCAGUCUCAUGGACAGCAAUAGCUGCGUCUCUUCGUGACAUGGUGGCGCUUGGUUCCCUUCUAUUCGUGGCUUCUUACUGCUCAUAUCUAUCAUAGAUAGUGUCUCUGUUUCGUUUAGGCUUACCAAACGAGGGAUUAUAGUUGAGAUCUUUGGUGUCUGCUAUAUUAGUCUGCAACUUCUUCAAGUGUUUUCUUAAUCUUCGUGUUGAAUGUGAUGUUUGUAGUCAAUGUUAUG